CCUUAGACAGUGCUGUGUGCCGACGGUGUACGCCAUGAAACUUGUGGAUGAAUCUGAGCUCGCUGCUGCUCUUGAUGCCAUAAAACCUCAUGUGGCAGCACUUGAUGCCGCUGUUGCGCAGUCAAAGGAGCUUCUUGAGGGCAACAUUUUGUACAUGCACCAGAGUACUGAGCUGAAUCCGAAGAAUGAGGCCAAGCAGCGUAACUUGUUGAGCCUGGCUGCCUCGUUGCCCGUGGAGGAUAGUCUGGUCAUUGAGAUUGGCUUCAAUGCUGGUCACUCUAGUCUUUUGAUGCUUUCUGCUCACCCCCAGUUGCGCAUCAUUGCCUUUGAUUUGUGCGAGCAUUCCUACACCAGGCCUUGCUUCAACAUUCUGGCGGACGCGUUUCCUGGUCGUUUGCAGCUGGUGCCUGGCAGGUCUCAACAGACCUUGCCUCGCUGGGCUCGCGAAAACCAGCUGCGGGCUGACCUGAUUCACAUUGAUGGAGCUCAUGAGCCUGAGGCGGCGAAAGCAGACCUGCAGAAUGCAAAGGCAGUGGCCAGACAUGGUGCUUGGGUGGUCUUUGAUGACACCUGCUUCUCGCCUCUCCGAGCAGUUUGGAGCGAAGCGUUGGAGGCCCAACUGGUGGAGCCACCCAGUGAAUCCAUCACGUUCUGCCCUACAAACCGCCAUGGUAUUGCCAGGUAUGUCAGAGCUCCUGCUCGCCGGGCGGCGGCCACAGAAGAUCUAUUAUGGGAGCUGGCACCCAUUUUGGAACACCGGGGGCGCAUGCGACAUGUGCUCGUACUAGCUCCCACUGAUCAUGGCCAAGACAGUUUGCUGGGUUACCUCUCCAAGCAUCGCCUUUGGAGAGGGAACCAGCCAGCAACUUCCAAGAAACUGUGUUCAAAUAACACGGAGAGACACCAGAGCGCGUGGUUAUCGUUGCCCUUGCGCUGUGAUCUUCCAGGAGAUCCUUUUCCAUGCUUGGUGCAGCUGGUAGCCCCACAUUUCAGUAACCUUCAGCAAAUUAGUGAUUGCUUUCCCCUUGUGGAUGGGGCACUGGUGGUCGUGGAUUGUGCAGAGGGGCUCACAGAGGAGUUCUGUCAGAUUUUUGGAAAGGCCAUGACACAAGGUUUGCAACCCGUGCUCUUCCUGAACAAGCUGGAUAAGUUGCUAUCCCUGCAAGGUGACAAUGAGCUUUGUUAUCAACGACUGGCUCAGAUUGUAGAUCGGUUGAAUGACAUCAUUGAAGAGUCCCCUGCAAGACUUUCAAGACUGGCUGUUGAAAGUGGCAACGUCAUUUUUGGCAGAGGGUCGCUGAGCGUGGCUGAAUCCAUUGGCGGCUGGGGUUUUGGGCUAGAUGAUUUGGUGGCCGCCCAGGCCACGCGCAAACACUGGACAGCAGACCAGGUGGCCAAACUGAAGCCACGACUCUGGGGAGAACAUUUCUACAACGGAAGGUCAUGGGGCUCCAGUGGAGAACGAGGCUUUUGCAAGCUUGUGCUCCAGCCACUCCGAGAGAUUUUCACGAUGCUGGAGUCGGCCACGCCGCAAGAGAUGCAGCAGUUGAGAUCUUUGGGUAUAGUUCCAAAAGAUGACUUAGUCGGCAAUGCAUGGAAGCAAAGUGCUAUGGAAGCUUGGCUACCACUGGUAGACAUUCUGGUGAGUGCCGUGGCCAACAAAGUGCCUGCACCUGCAGCACCGCCGUCCAAUAGUGUCUUCUAUGCUGCCCGGUGCCUCCAGACGACUGAUGGUCAGCACUUGGCUUUGGGACGCCACGUGGAUCCACAGCGGAUAGCACACUUGACACUUCCACGAGCAGUGCCAGCGACAAUUGGCAGCUGGCUUCUGAAUGGUCCCGCUGCAGUCCCUCUUUCAACCCUCAAAGCAUCGCCGGGAACAAUGCUGGGCAUACCAGUGGAGUCAGCAUCGGUGGGAGCCAUAACAGUGGGAUGAGGGUCUCUGAUGUGUAUAGUGUACAGUUGAAACACUUGAUGACCAUUGACAGCUCAUAAUUAUUUUAUUUGAUCAAUCGAGCUGAGAGGUUAUGCCAAAAUCUAAAGAUGUCGACCCAGAAUUGGGCAUCUUUGCUGAACAGCGCGCGCACUGGCAAUGUACAGUUUUCAUCAGACGCACUGUGCGCAACAGGAACCGGGAAAUCUGCGCCAGUCGGCCAGUCAGGAUUGAGACAUAUCUUGCCCAUAACAUCACAGAUUGAAGCAGAGAGCUUGGGUAAGUGCUGCUAUGGGCGACGAUGG